AUGUGUAAACUUGGACAAAGUUACUCAGACGCAUACAGGCUGAGCCAGUGCCCGCCCGGCCGGAGCAGCGCUCUCUUCACGUGGGCACACGAGCCACUGCAGCCAGAGAACCCUGACCAAGACUGCCACGGCUCGCCCAACAUCUCCCUUGAUCUCGACCCUGUCCGUCCGUCAUUCUGUCUGUCUGUCUGUCUGUCCGUCUGUUCUGCCUGCCUGCCUGCCUGUCCGUCCGUCCACCCGUCCACCCAUCCACCCCAUCCACCCACUCACCCAUCCGCUCAUCUCUCCCUGCCUGCAGCCCUUGGCCUCGCUGCUGGUGCUGGUGCUGGUGCUGGUGCUCCCGCUGUCGCUGUCGCUGUCGCUGUCGCUGCUGGUGCUGCCGCCGCCGCCGCCGCUGUUGCUGCCGCCGCCCUCUUGUCGCCCUCUUGUCGCUGCGCCGCGCCGCGCCUCGCUUCACUUUACCUCUCCUCUCCUCGCCUUCGCCUGUCCAAGCUGCCUCAGGCCCAUCACCUCCCUCCCCGCUCGCUUCUGCCGCCGCCGUUUCCGCAUCCACCCUGCGGCACACGCCACGCUUCCGCCUCGUAAUCUGCCUGUGCAACCAUUGUCCUCACCGCGCCCUCUUCGAUCCUCCACUGCCUCCCCCAGCCCGUCGACACGCGCACCUGUCCUGCUGUGCGAGUGUCGACCGCCGUCGGACACGACCACG